AUGGCAUCCCCACAAAUCCCAAACCACGAAGAGAUACGACUGAAUGGAGCCAAACAUGUUCGCCAAACAAAGAAGGCAGAAGAUAACGAGAAUGCCACUGCAGCACCCAUUUCCAUAGAUAUCGCUCGUGAGGGCAGUAUUGGCCCAGUCACUGUCCCAGCCUUCGAUCGCACAACCAAAUCUACUGGGAGGAAAGGAAAAGGUAAGACGGUAGCAAAGGGGAAGAAGAAGGGCCCUGCUACAAUUCAAAGCACUGCAACACCUAGCGGUGCCAUGCCAACAAUGCCACAGCCAUACCUGUACCCACGGAUUACCCCGCAGGACACUCAACCUCCAUUUAACAAUAGCCUGCCACCACACACUCUUCCGCCUCCAUGGCCUGCUGCCCAUAUACCAUGCAAAUGUGCAUGGCAGUCACCCCUUGCACAUGUACCCGACGGCUUUUCCACCUUAUUACCCCAUCCUGCACGCAACAACUUUUCUGCCCUAUCACCCCACUCUCCACAUGCGCACAGAUGUGCACCCUUUUGCCCAUGCAGGACCGUCUCACCAACAACCCUCCCUCAUACCAGCUCCAAGCUUCACACCGUCCACUGCAUGGAGAGUUGA